AUGUCUGCGGCCGCAGCAUCUCUUCAAGAGCUCGCAUGGUUGACGCUCAAUACGGACUGCGAAGAUUACGGACCUGCCACCAAACUCAUUCCAACGCUGGAAAAAGAAACGGAUCCCGACACACUAAUCAUCACGGUGGAUGAUGACAAAAAUGUUGCGUAUCCUCCAAAUUUUGUGGAGGCUCUGCUGCGCCAACACCUAAAGGCACCCUACAUUGCAUUUGCCAAUGCUGGGGAAAUGAUUGAAAUUGAUCACUUCCCAUCAUCAGGUGUCCGGGUGCGUUCUGUCAGCCACGACGAUGAAUGGGAGCAGCUAGUUGCAGUGGAUAUUCUGCAAGGCUUUCAGGGAGCUAUUUAUCGAAGGGACUUUUUCUCGUUCGAAUCAAUCAAAAUCAUUCCCAAUGAUUGCUUUUGGGCAGAAGAUGUUUGGAUUUCCGCAGAGCUUGCCAGGAAGGGAAUAACACGAGUGCGAAUUCCCUGCACGCCCUCAAACACCUGGCAGACAGACGCCAUCGUAGCCGACAAACCCCCCGGAGCUAACAAUUAUUUGGUUGGAAAGCCAAAGAAGGAUAGGUGUGCUGCGGAGCUUUUGCCAUACUUCCAAAAGUCCUGGCGUCAAACUGAGCAGCGCAUUCCCAUGGGCUUUGAGUGGCUGGAUUAUCUAUCCCAACGAUCAGAGUAG